AUGACUCCAAGAGUCCAGAAGAUGGUACCACAGGAUAUCUGUACUGUGAUUCAUGUAUGUGGAGAGCUUGGGGAUGAUAAGAGCGAAAAUGCUCUGGCCGUGUCUGGACCCCUCUGGAGCUGCGUGGUUCUCUGGCCAGGUCCAAGAGGGGGUUUUGAACCAUGCAGCUCCGGAGGUGGACGUCUCCGGCCGUGUCCUCAACAUACGUAUUCUUCUGUGGGACACAGAUCUUCGGCCGGUCAAGAUCAUACCCGUGAAGCUUCCAAGUGUCACGUUUUCCGCAAACUGCGCACGGGAUAUUUCAUCUCCUCAUCCCCUUCCACAUCAUCUCAUGGUACUUUACAUUGGUUUUUCCUCUUCCUGUUGCUGUUGACAGACACUCAAAUCAUCUGUUCAGCUGCUCGGAGGCUUCAAGCUUGA